AUGAAGAGGAGAGCAUCUGAAAGGGAUUCUGGAGAGACCUCUGCCAGAUCCAAGGCACUCUGCACCAGUAUCUCGGGAAGUAAUGCAAAGAGGGCAGGUCCUUUCAUUCUUGGUCCUCGUUUAGGGAACUCUCCUGUCCCAAGCAUUGUCCAGUGCUUGGCAAGGAAAGAUGGCACAGAUGACUUUUAUCAGCUUAAGAUCCUGAGCCUGGAAGAAAGACCUGACAAAUCAGGGGAGACACAGGAAGAGAGACAAGGCAAAAUGCUGCUGCAUACGGAAUAUUCUUUAUUAUCUCUUCUGCACAAUCAAGAUGGAGUGGUCCAUCACCAUGGUCUUUUCCAGGACCGGACAUGUGAAAUUUCAGAAGAUCUGGAUGCCAACAAGCUAGUGAGGAAGAUGCGUAAACGGAUAUGUCUGGUGCUGGAUUGUCUUUGUGCCCAUGAUUUCAGUGAUAAGACUGCAGACCUAAUCAAUUUACAACAUUAUGUCAUCAAAGAGAAGAGACUGGGAGAACGGGAAACAGUAGUUAUCUUCUAUGAUGUUGUCCGAGUAGUAGAAGCCCUGCACAAGAAAAAUAUUGUACAUAGAGACUUGAAGCUGGGUAAUAUGGUGCUGAACAAGAGAACUCAUAGAAUAACCAUCACUAAUUUCUGCCUUGGGAAACACUUGGUGAGUGAAGAUGACCUAUUGAAAGAUCAGAGAGGAAGUCCAGCAUACAUCAGUCCUGAUGUACUUAGUGGUCGGCCUUAUCGAGGAAAGCCAAGUGACAUGUGGGCUCUGGGUGUAGUCCUUUUUACCAUGUUGUAUGGUCAGUUUCCCUUCUAUGACAGCAUACCUCAAGAACUUUUUCGCAAAAUUAAGGCAGCAGAAUACUCUAUCCCAGAGGAUGGCAGAGUAUCGGAGAAUACAGUUUGUCUAAUAAGAAAGUUGCUGGUUUUGGAUCCUCAGCAGCGCCUGACUGCAUCUGAGGUUCUGGAGUCUCUUGGAGGAAUCAUAUCUUCAUGGCAAUCAAUGUCCUCGUUAAGUGGCCCGCUGCAGGUUGUUCCUGACAUUGAUCAUGUGACAAGUCCAGAGAACUUGCAGGAGACAAAAGUGACAGAAGAAUCAUCUCAGUAUGAGUUUGAAAACUACAUGCGGCAGCAGCUUCUUCUGGCAGAGGAGAAAAACACAAUCCACGAAGCCAAGAACUUCCCUCAGAAACGUCACUUUGGCAAUUUCCCACCCAUUAGAAGGUUGGGAUAUGAUGCUCAGCCAGUGAGCCCUUUGGACGCUGCAAUUUUGGCCCAGCGAUACCUGCCUCCACCACACCUGACUCUUCCCAGUUCUCACUAA